CUUACUGUAACCACUGACCCAAAAAUCAUCAUAACCCAGUUGGAGACACGGCUUUUGUCUCCUAUUGGACAAACUAAGUCCUAAAUCUGAAGUUUGUCCCCAAAAGUGUCCUAUGACAGAGCACGCACACACAGAGACAGCAGCGACGUCACAUGUUGGGAAUGCAGUGAGGAGCUGCUGAAGGCCUCAGGAUCCGGGACAAAAUGAGACCGAGGCAGAGAAGGGAGUCGCAGUAAAAGAAGCCUGCCAUGUCCGGUCCCACCUGGCUGCCACCGAGAACUCUGGAUAGCCCAGAGCGAGCCGUCCCUCAGAUGUCCCACUCUGCAGGGUCAGCAAUCUACCGAGCCCCCAACAAGAAGGGCACGUCUGACUUCCGGCCAAAAUAUGGCCCCUAUGACCAGAACGGAGGAGGAGGAGGUGGAGGAGGAGGGAUGAUAGCCAAUAGGUACAUGGCGACUGGACCCACAGGUGGGCCUAUUCAUCAUUCGUCUAGUGAUCACUAUUACCCCCCUCCACAUGGUCCCAAAGAUGACCGCAGCUGGAGUCCUCACAUUGACAGCUACGAGCUGAUGCACCGUGGUCCUGAAAAACCAGUGAGUCAUCACUCCAAAAUUGAUGCUGAUAUUGACUCACUCACCAGUAUGCUUGCUGAUCUGGACAGUCACCCACAUGACUCCAGCACGCAACUGUACGACAAUGUGCCUUACAACAAAUACCUCUCAGGGGAUCAUUACAAGCCUGCACACCAGAGCGCAGGCCCUCCUCAGGGUCGGGCAUCCAUGGGCUACCCCCCUCACCCUCAGAGCCAAUACCACCCAGCGCCCCCCUACCCCAAUGAGCACCACGCACCUCAGUACUCCAGUGCCCACCAGCAGGACUACUACUCAUCAUCUUCGGCUCCUAAACCCUACCCUCAACCUGUCCCAGCCUCCUACACCACAGCCUCCACUCCAACCGGACCCCGGUUCAGCGUCCAGGUCAAGACGGCGCAGCCUGUCACGUAUUCUCAGACAGGGAGACAGGCCGAGCAAGCCUACACCCCACCCCCCCCUCGCCAGCAUGUGUCACGCCCCCCACCUCAGACAAGUCCACAGGGCUGGUACUCCCAACACCCAAGCUCGCAAACUCAGGAGAUGCACUCUGAGGAGGGGUACCAUGGGAGCAGCUCAGGGUCUGGAGGAAGAGUUAACCAGGGUCCCAUGUCUAAGAGAGGGAUGGAAAAUAAUCAAACAGGGUCAGGGUCUUCACUGAGUCCUGCUUAUCAGUCCAGCAAGCAGGGGGUAGCAACACCCAGACCUGAGGAGGAGCUGGAUCGGCUCACCAAGAAGUUGGUAUAUGAUAUGAACCACCCCCCUUCAGAGGAUUAUUUUGGUCGCUGUGCUCGUUGUGGCGACAAUGUGGUCGGAGAUGGCAGUGGCUGUAUCGCCAUGGAACAGGUGUUUCACGUUGAGUGUUUUACAUGUAUCACCUGCCAUGCCCGUCUUCGAGGACAACCUUUCUACGCCCUGGACAAGAAGAGUUACUGCGAGAGUUGUUACAUCAGCACUCUAGAGCGCUGUUCAAAAUGUACCAAGCCCAUCUUGGAUCGUAUCCUGCGAGCUAUGGGCAAGGCAUACCAUCCUCGCUGCUUCACAUGUGUAGUUUGUAACUGCUGUUUGGACGGGGUCCCCUUCACUGUGGAUGCCACCUCUCAGAUACACUGCAUAGAUGACUUUCACAGGAAGUACGCGCCUCGCUGUUCGGUGUGUGGUGAGCCCAUCAUGCCCGAACAGGGUCAGGAGGAGACUGUCAGGAUAGUUGCUCUGGACCGCAGUUUCCAUGUCAACUGUUACGUCUGUGAGGAAUGCGGUCUCCUCCUGUCCUCAGAAGGGGAGGGUCGUGGCUGUUACCCGCUGGACGGCCACAUCUUAUGUAAGAGCUGCAGCGCCCGCCGCAUUCAGGACCUCUCAGCCAAAAUCUCCACUGACUGCUAACGAAUCAGUGUCGGAAGUUCAAAACCGGUCUAUAAACGGUUGACGCAUUCACACAUAUUAUUGAUAUCAUAGACAGGGGUGACAGUUUCAUACCCCUACUUUGUUUAAUCUCGUGAACUUUCUUUUUUUUGUGCAUUUUUUUUCUGGUUAGUCUGACUUUGAAUUGAUAUAAACCUUGUUAUAGCUCCCUCUGUUGGUGUGUAACCGCAAUUUAAUUUGCACAGGAACAUUUUCUUACUGUUACUGGUUCAAAUGAGAGACGGAGUUGUGAUGAAGUAACUCACGCCUCGCUGGUUUCCUUUUCAUUCAGAUUUCAUACUGCAUUUUCUUUCUUUUUGGUACACAUCUGCCGUGUUUAGUCCAGUAUUCUUACGACAGUAGCCUGACCUGCAGGCAGCUUAGGCUCUACUUUCAUUCAUCCACACCGGUAUUGCUGAACUAGCAGCUAGCAUGUUUAUUUUCACUGUCAAAGACAUUGAAAGUAGGAAAGGAUACGACAAAUUUAGACCUCAAAAUUAGCGUUUUUGCAGAGAAGCAGCAUAACUAAUAGUAAGGUUGACGGCUUGUCUGUGGAGUUUGGGACCUGUACAUUUAUAAAACGCAGGGGGUCAAAGUGCUGAACUGCCUCAAAGCGCGCAUAUUAAAAGCACAUAAUGCACAACACAACAACUGUGACUGUAUAUAACAGGCUAGUUUGAUUUAACAAAGGAACUGUGUUGGAAAGCAUGUAGUAUUUAGAGUGGUGAAACUUUGCAGUGAAGUAGCGUCAUAGAACGAGAAAUGUAGACAAGAGGAAUGUGUAGUAAACUUUACAACCCAACGGUUUUUUGUUUUUUUUUAUGUUUUUUUUUCUCUUUAGCUUUUGAAUGCUAGUACAAUAUUUUGCUUGAAGAAAUCUUUACAGCUACUUGUUUAGUUAUUAAAUCAACACUCAUAACAGGAUUAUUGCCAUUUAAAAAAAAAGAAAAUAAUCCAGAAUAACAUUUCUGAAUGUCUACAAUGUCUUUUUUUUUUUUCCUUUUGUCUGUUUUUAGGUUAAAUUUGUUGUUGAUUGAUACUUGACUGUUACAUUGAAGAUGAUGGUGCAAUGAAGUCAAAUGCUUUUUUGUGUCUAAAGGAAAACAGGGUGUUGGUCACUUGAAAACAUCCUAUCGUGUAAAGCUUGAGCCUCAUGUGAAGAGUUUGUACUGAAUAUGUGCCAUUUGGGGGAAAAGAGUUACCUACUCCAUGUAAAAAACAAUUUAAAGUGCAAAACUAAAAUGAUAGUCUUUUUAUUUUUUUUAUUUUUAGGAUAUUUGG